GAGGAAAAUGGUAAGUAUUAAUCAGUCACAUUUUGGCGUGUAUCUAGUGUGCUUUGAAAGAUAAACGGAAACGUUCUCUGCUGUACAAUUGCAAAGAGAAACAGGUCAUGAUCGUAUUAAGCGUAUUGCUUGUUUUGUGCUUGGUCCAUCCCCUCGUAAAUGGGGUGGGUUUUCGCGGAUUCACUUUUCAAGGCUUGGAGGAGCCAAAGCCGUUAAAAGAAUAUGCUGAUAUUAUAACUGAGGGUUGGAUCACCCAACCCCUUGAUCAUUUCAACCAUCGCGACAAUCGCACUUGGUCGAUGCGUUACAAAGAAAAUUCCGCGUUUCUAAAGAAAGGUGGGCCUAUUCUGAUUAUGAUCGGUGGGGAAUGGGCGAUAACGGACGGGUUUUUGCAAACUGGACUGAUGUACGAAAUCGGCGCGAAAUACCACGGCUUGAUGUAUUACACCGAACAUCGAUUCUACGGAGAGAGCAAGCCAACGAAAGAUACUAGCACGGAGAACUUGCAGUACUUGAACGCCGAUCAGGCGCUCGCGGAUCUUGCUUAUUUCAUCGAAACGAAAAAGAAGGAAAAGGAUUUAGAAAAGAGUAUCGUAAUAGUAUUCGGUGGUUCUUACGCUGGAAACAUGGCGGCGUGGGCACGUCUCAAAUACCCUCAUCUCAUCCAAGGCGCCUUAGCCAGCAGCGCUCCGAUUCAGGCGAAGGCUGAUUUUUACGAGUACUACGAGGUCGUGACGAAAUCGCUCGGCACGCACAGUGAAAAGUGCACUGAGAGUGUUAAAACUGCAUUCGCAUCGGUAGAGGAAUUAUUGGCCAAGCAAGAAGGUCCAGAUAAGCUUAAAUCUUUUUUCAACUUGUGCGACGUGCCUGACGUAAACUCUGCUGGUGAUCUUGGUUACUUCUUGAAUACGUUGGCGGAGCUGUUCGCCGGAAUCGUUCAAUAUGACAAUAUAGAGAACGGUCAAACGAAAAUCGCGGCAUUGUGCAACAAUAUGACGGCGGCGCAUUUAGGCAGUCCCCUACAGAGACUGGCGCACGUCUUCUCGACUCAGGACAAGUGUUACGAUGUAAAUUAUAAUAAUUUCGUAAAGAAGUAUCAAGAGAUUUCAUGGGACUCGCCGGCAGCCACGAGUAUCAUGAGACAGUGGUAUCAUCAGACUUGCACGGAAUACGGUUACUAUCAGACGACGAGCUCAGAUAAAUCAAUCUUUGGAACGCUGUUUCCGUUAGAUUAUUACAUCAAUCUGUGUAACGAUUUGUAUGGCGAUUACUACAGUGAGGAGACAUUAGAUUCACGGGUGAGAAGGACGAAUAUAAUGUACGGAGGACAGCUACCGGAUUUACACAACGUCAUUUUCACGAACGGCGAUAUCGAUCCGUGGCAUCCGUUGUCGGUGCUCGAGGAUUUAAACGCUUCUUCGCCCGCUAUUGUCAUUAAAGGAUCUUCGCACUGCCGCGAUAUGUACAGCGACGUAGACACGGACACGGAUGACUUGAAGAAAGCUAGAGCAAGAGUUCGCGACAUAAUUGGCAAGUGGAUUUCCUCAUAAAUGUUAUUGUCGAACUUCUCACGAGUACGUUCGUUGACGAUUCUCAGAACAGGAGGAAUAAACCAACGAAUAAACGGAGCCACGUUUUUGGCUGUUUAUUAAUUGUAAGGUACUAACAAAAAAAAUUAUGUACAACGCUUGAUAUAUGUAUAUGUUCAUAGUGCAAUUAUAAAUAAUACACAUCAAACACACACAGCAAUACACAGUUAUACUGCAUUGCGUAUUGUUACGUACAUAAUACAAAAAUAAAAUUA